AUGGAAGAAGGCAAACCUCUAAAUGCUGAUUUCAAUGUCGAUUGUUCAACUUCUAAAGGGAAUGAAAAAAAAAAGAAUUUACUUGCACCGUCCCGUCAUCAUUAUUUAGGACUUUGCUUAGCUGCUCUAGAAAAGCAGCAAAAUCAUAGCAGCGAAACCAGUAAAGCCCUUCGGUUGGCAAUUGAACAAAAACAACAAUUACAAUGGGGAAGAAAAGGCUACGGGACCCCGAGAAGUCGCUCUCAUUUUGAAUAG